AACCGGGGCUGUGGCAGAUUGCUAUAGGGUCCUGGUAACUGAGGCUCCUAUAGGCUCCUAAUGCCGGGUGUUGGCUGCUGCAGGGUGCUAUAGGGUCCUACUGUCUGGGGUUCCUAAUGCUGGGACUGCUGCUGGGUCCUAGUGUCGGGGGCUCCGGUGGGGUCCUCGUGAGGGGGCUGCUGCAAGGUGCUAUAGUUUCCUAAUGCUUAAGAGUUCCUGACUGGGCCUUCCGGGCGUGUCACUGCCCGUGGGUGCUGCUGAGGGAGGUCAGGGAAUGUGCUCCUUCAACGUGCCGGGUUUAACAUUCAGACGCUCAUGAAAAGGGUCAGAGGAUCCCAGAGCACCAGGGGCCAGGCCCCUCCAUUUCUCUAGCACCCCACAGCGCUAUACGAGAGUUUUAUCUUCAUAAUACUUCAGAGGGAAGAAUGUCACAGCUGAAUUAUCAACUCCUCCUUGAAGCAUCAAGAUAUUUCCCUGGCCGUCUCCUAUUCAGCUACUUUCCAGAGCCAGGCACUGGAGAAAUGGAAGAAGCGUUUUUCCAGCUUUACCAAGAAUUCACGCAACUGCAGGAUUUAUGUGCAAAGCAGGCUGAGCUGCUACAGAAGUUGAUUGUGAAGAAGGAACCAAUGACUGACAUGCCAAUUUCGAUGCCAAUCCAGUGCACGGACGAUGGGGGAUUAGCGCAAUCGGAGAGACUCAUCUUCAAACAGCAAUUACCAAAGGUUCCCAGCUCUAUCCUUUCCAACCCAACAGUUCCUACGUGGCCCAACUCGGCAGUUCUUCGGGACCAGCCACGAGAUGCACACACGGUUUCUCGUGUUGAUAUUAAGUACCCCCCGAGUGCAGCCAACGCCAGCUUGUUAAGCAGUGCCAAGGGGAAGGCAGAUUUCGCAAUAGCACUUUCCAGCCAGAACCACCACAAACCACACAUGGGCAAGAAGGUGGCUUGUGACACGCUGUUGAAAAAUUAUACGACGUUUCCUGCCUUGAGAGCGGACAAGGAGAAAUCCACAGCCUCUCCCAUACCUCCAGAGCUUGCUACCCUAAAUCCGGAGGAUGUAGGCUCCUUUCCCAGUUUCUUGGAUCUUUAUGAAGCACCAGAAGAUUUACAGACAGAAAGUAUUUCCCUUCAAGCAGCAGAAAUUAAAGUUCCUAUAGAAAUACGAGGACCCACACAGCCUCUUCCAAAGGACUUCAUCCAAACCCUUUUGAAAAAUAGAUGAUUUGGGCCGUCUAGGACUUCCUGGACUCCAGGAUGGGUGGUAGAAGACAGUCCACUUGGUCACAGCGGGGAUUUUGAACUCCAAGGGUACUCUGCAUACACAGACCUGUGACUUUUGCCAGGUCAUUUCCCCAGCUCGGGAAGCAGCGCAAGGAGACUAUUACAAGCAUCUCAUAGCUCAUAUUGAAUAGCGUUGGUAUCAUCACGUACUUGUAACCCAGCUUACAGACGAUGGCUUUCCGUCCCCCUUUAGUGGCUGGACAACAUGGGGGUUUAUGAGCUGUUGGAAUAAGUGACUUCUUGACUCAGUGGCUUGUGAAAAAAAAAUGUGGUUUGGGUUGACCUGAAAUGAAAAUUGUUGGCUUUGAGCUGGAUCUUUUAGCUCAGGCAUUUGUGGCUCAGAUGUUUGUGCUGACAAAGAGAAAAUAAUAUCUGCUUCUCCCCCCAGAAAUGUAACCUCUCCAAUAAAGGAAUGUCCAAGCUUGUUAAUUCUCCUAAACCAUGUUCUGUCAUGCGUUGGUGGCAACCAGCCUCUUAAUCACCCUUGUAACUUAAAAAAAAAAAAAAAAAGAAAAAGAAAAAGAAAGGAAGAACUUAUACUGAGCUGGACUUUUAAGUCGCCAAUAUAAGGGACGCUAAUUAAAUCAGACAUUCGUUGGACAUAAAGCAUCUAACCUUUCCUCCUGCUCUGAUGCGCCAUUAAGGCUCUGACUUCUGGCACCAAAUGUGAAUGCAGCAUUGAUUCUGGAUGAAAGUAGGUGUAUACGGUGAUAGAUGACAUUAGUGCCACUGUGACUGAUACAAAUGCCAAGUUAUUUAUCAAAAUACCAAGGCUUUUCUUCGGGGAGAUUAAUGACAGUUUCGGGUAUUUUUUGGGUGUGAGUCAUUGAUCACAGGAGCUUUUUACACGCAGAGACCGACAGCUUCUUAACGUACAUCACAACAUCGUGCCUUGAUACAGGUGCGACGCCUCUGACUUGGGUGGAGUUACUAUUGUGUCACAGCAGUGAAUCAGACCGAUUAUUUUGCGGUAAGCCAAUGAAUAUUCCAGUUUUGAGGACUGUGCUAAGCCUCAUGUGUUCACUCAUAAGCGUUCAGACAAAAGUCUUAUAAUUUUUCCCCUUCCUGUUCAUAACCACAUCCAGAAGAAAUGGCUUCAAUCUCCCUCCGCCCCCGACACACACACACACACACACACACACACACACUCUCUCUCUCUCUCUCUCUCUCUCUCUCUCUCUCUCUCUCACUCUGCAGCUAGGCUACUCCAGAUAAUAAUGAGAGGACAGCUUUUAAUUGUUCUCCUUUGUGGUCCAGAGAAUAUUCACCCAGUGCUGAAUUACUGGAAGCAGUGUAUCAGAAAGCCAGCAUAGGGAGAAUGGCCAUAAAUUUAGUCGGGAUGAAGUUCUAGCUGGCACUGGGGUGCUGAGAGUUUGCCAGAAGAAAAAGGCCAGCUCUUUUCUGCUUUGAAAGCCAGUGUAGCAAAUUUUAUUAAAAAAAUAAAUAAAGCGCAGAUGGAUUUUCUCAGGAA